UUAUGACAUUUAAAAACAUUUCUCCAAAAAUAUGCUAAAUUUUGACAAUAUUUGCCGUACCUGUUCAUUCCAGGGUGAAUUACAACCCCUUUUCGUUGAGAAUUUACUAAAUCCUGCAGAAAUGUUAAUACAGAUAUUUAAUAUUGAGGUGAUAAAAGGCGAUAAAUAUCCACAAAAUAUUUGUUCGAGAUGUUUGGAUAAUUUAAGAUCUGCUUACAUAUUUAGGAAUCAAUGUUUAGAUGCACAUAAAAAAUUUGAACAAUAUUUAUCACUUAAUUCAGAAACUAUAAAUAUCGUCUGUAAGGAAGAACCGGUUAAUGCUGUUUUUGUAAAAGAGGAAAAACAAUCAAAUCAUUCAGAAAUUGAUGACGUUUGGUUCGAAUUAGAUAAUGAAUCAGAAAAUAAUCCAGAGAAAAAAUCAUUCGAGUGUCAAACAUUGAAUAUCCCUUAA